GAUGCAGGCGCUGAGGAAGGGUGUGGGUCGCCACAGGCGGCUCGACAGCGGCGACCAGGGCUGCGAGAUGAGACCGAGCGUGCGGCGCAUGCUGAGCGGCUGCUACCCGCCGUGGCAGCAGCUGGUGGACGCCCUCCAGAGGAACGACGCGCAGGCCCUGCGGGAGCUCCUGCAGGCGGCCGACAUCUCCAUCGACAUGGAGCUGCCGGCGCCACACCUCGUCACGCCACUGCAGCUCGCCUGCAAAUUAAAACAUGACGUAGUGAAUGAAGAGUCGUGUAUUCAGAUUCUGCUGGAUGCUGGAGCUGACCCGAACAAGCCAAAUGAGAUACGGGAUGGGUGUACGGCUCUGCACAUCGCCGCAGAAGCCGGGAACUUCAGUGCAGUCAUGACGCUGUUGAGAGACGGCAGGACUGAAGUCAACGCACUCAACAGCCGAGGGGAGACCGUGCUGCACGCCUUGGCCAACAGGCCUGAGCCAGAGACCUGCAGUGAGAAGACCAAGCUGAAGGAGUGCCUCGAAUUUCUCUUAGAGGAUCCCAAACUCGACGUAAACAGGCCGAGCCGCCAGAACAGAACAGCAAUACUGAAUGCUGCGUUGAAGAAAAAUUUGACAGUGUUGGCAACAAUGUUGGACACUGGAAGAUUUGAUGUGGAUGUACCAGCACUAAGAGACAAGGAGACAGCUCGUGAUCUCAUCAAACGAUGCUUUCCAGAUCUAGUGCUACCAGCUGCUGGAAGUGUCCAAAAGACUGAGGAUACCACAAUUUCAUUGUUUCGCCUUCUCUACAAUCGUGAAGUUGAUGGUUUCAUACAGAAACUUGAUGCAGCUCUUGAGAAAGACCCUGUUCUUUCAACAGAAGAAAAAGAAAAGUUCCUAAAUUCAGAUGAUGGCAUGUGGACACUUCUACAAUAUGCAUGCAACUUUGGCAUGACUGAGGUAGUGCAGAAGCUCCUGCUGGAAGGUGCUGAUCCUAAUGCCACUUCCAGGUCACGCAGGGCUCAACUUCCGUCUAUUGCAGCUGCUGCAAGUGGCUAUAUUGACAUCUUGCAUUUACUACUGAAGCGUAAAGGAACACUCUUAGCACCACGGAAUGGUGGUGACAAUGCACUGCAUGCUGUACUAAAAGAUUUGCAUUGGAACCCAGAGAACUCAGAUCGUCAUGGUUGCUUUGAUCUGCUUAUGCAGUACAUAGAGAAAAACUAUGGAAUCAUUGACAUUAAUGCCCCUGAUAACAAUGGUGAUACACCAUUGCAUCUUGCUGCCUAUUCUGGUGAUGAACACUACAUCCUCUCACUGCUAAGAGCAGGUGCUUACAUAGGCACAGAGAAUAAGUUUGGUGAACCACCUAUUGCCAAUAUCUCAGCUGCUAUUCUUGAACAUUACUUGGAUGAGUGUGUUACAAGCAAUGGAGAGUUUCCACGAGUUGAUAAGUAUGAGAUACAGUUUGAUUAUCAGUUUCUUGUACCACCUGCUGACCAGGUGGAUGUUGAUGUAGAUCAGGAUUCAACAUAUUCAGACUGUGAGCGACCAAUGCAUAGUGCCAACACUUCUGGCCACAUUUCUCCUGUUCCUGAAUCAAAUCCAUUGUUGUACAUCAGCAGAUCAAAGGAUCUGAGGCAUUUGCUGAAGCACCCAAUCUUCACUAGUUUCCUAACGUUAAAAUGGUAUUCAAUUCGCCCCAUGUUUUAUGUAAAUCUUUCCUUCUAUUUUCUUUUUGUUAUGCUAAUGACAGUUUACAUUUUGGUAUUCUAUGAUUAUUCUGAUGAAGCAUCAGAAAAUACAUCUGAUGGUUCAAUUCCUGCACCCACUACCUCUAAUCCUAUUGUGAAUAGCAGUAAUAAAGUUCAGAAGGCUGAAGCACAAGACAAUAACAUAGAUGAAUCACAAUCACCUGUAAUUAUAUCCAUUAUACUAUCAGUACUUCUCAUUGUGCUGAUAGUCAGGGAACUCUUUCAAUUUGUUAUGUGGCCCAAAAGAUACAUAUGCAACUGGGAAAAUUAUUUAGAAAUACUGCUCAUAAUCUUCAGUAGUAUGGUUUUGUUUGGUAAUGUACAAGACAUGAAUCUGAGGCCCCAUUUAUCAGCCUUGACCAUUUUACUUUCUUGGGCAGAAUUAGUUCUCCUGAUAGGACGGCACCCUAGCUUAUCCACAAACAUUGAAAUGCUAAAGACAGUAUCAUGGAACUUCCUACAGUUUUUAGCAUGGUAUUCAUUUUUGAUCUUGGCUUUUGCUCUAAGUUUCUUCACUUUGUUUAAGAGCAGCCAAGAAGAUGACAACUUUUUUCUCAAUCCUGGUUCAUCAUUUUUCAAAACUGUUGUUAUGGUAACAGGGGAGUUUGAUGCUUCAGAUAUUCCUUUUGUUCUCUUCCCCGGAACCAGUCAUCUUGUAUUCAUCUUGUUUGUGUUUUUGGUAGCAAUUGUAUUGUUCAAUUUGCUCAAUGGUCUUGCAGUCAGUGACACACAAUCUAUAAAAGACAAUGCUGAACUUGUAGGUUAUGUCUCACGUGUGAAGCUUAUAUCCUACACAGAGAGCAUGCUCUUGGGCCACCCGCUUUGGUGCCAGACACCAAGAAAGUGUUGCUGCUGCUGCAACUGUUGUUGCUUACCAGCUUUCUGCACUAGACCCUUCAGGUUUACCCAGAUACCAUGGUUGAUGCAGAUGGUAAGGCUGUUCUCUGGUGUGUUGCCUGAAAAGAAAAUACGAGUACUCCCAAAUCAAGAAUGCAGAAUUUUAUUGCAGCAGCAUGACCAGACCAAAAUUAAUGAGAGCACUACAAACUGUUUGGGGAACUGUGCUGCAUAUAAGCUAGAGGAAGAAAUAAUUAAGUCUGCAAAGAACCUCUUACUGCAGAAGGGCCACCAGUCAGAGAUGGAAAUAUUUAAGGAAAUGAUUAGAAAGUGUCAAAACGUAAUGCUGUAUUGUGAGCAAAUGGAAGAAUAUCGUAUAAAAGUUGAGGAACUUGAAUUUAAGCUCAGGAAUGUGGAAAAUGCUGCUCUCAGAGCUGAGAGAAAUACAGAUAAAAUUUUAGAAGUACUUAACAAGAUGAACAGCAAAUAAACCAUCAAACCAGCUUGUAAAAAUUUAGCUCAGUAUUUACUCGUAUGAUCUGUAUCAUGUUUUCAUUCAAAACAAUAAUUAUGUAAUCAUCAUGAACAAUAUGUUAUCUACUGCAAUUAAUUGGAAAUAUAUUCCAUUUAUUGUUAAUCAUUUAAAA